GACGAAGAAGAAAGAUGGUCACAGCUAGCGAUAGCUUGUAGCUGGGGCUCGAAAAAUGCUGCGCUCUUAAUGUGUUUUUUUUUUGUCCUCUUUCGUCUUCAAGCGAGGCACAGCCAUAACUAAAAACACUCUGCCGGCUGCGUAAGAAUAUAAUCACCAGAGUGUGUUAUUAGAGUGAUUUAUUUAAUAGGUUUGGGCGGCUGUGUUUGUGUUUGUGUUUGUGUAGGGGGGAAGGGGUCUCCUCAGGUCAGCAGUCCGUCAGUUUAACGUCAGGAACCAGUUGUCAUGGCUGCUCCGGUGAACAUCCAAACUCCCACCAAAACCUGGGAGCUAAGUCUGUAUGAGCUACACAGGAGCCCUCAGCUGGCGAUCAUGGAUGGGACAGAGGUGGCGGUGUCUCCUCGCUCCCUGCACAGUGAGCUGAUGUGUCCCAUCUGUCUGGACAUGCUGAAGAACACCAUGACGACCAAAGAGUGUCUGCACCGCUUCUGCUCUGACUGCAUCGUCACUGCGCUGCGAUCAGGGAACAAAGAAUGUCCAACCUGCAGGAAGAAGCUGGUCUCCAGGCGUUCGCUUCGCCGAGAUUCAAACUUUGACGCGCUGAUCUCGAAGAUAUACCCGAGCCGGGACGAGUAUGAGGCCCACCAACGCCGUGUCCUGGAGCGACUCAACAGGCUGCACAACAAGGAGGCACUGAGCUCCAGCAUCGAGGAGGGGCUCCGACAGCAGGCCCGCUACAGGUCUGAGAGGAACCACCGGGUGAAGAAGCCGACUCAAGAGAGUGACAACACCACCUUCAGUGGUGGGGAAGAUAACGGUGAUGCCCGCUCACAUCUGUCUCAUGACUCGGCUCCCUCCCACACCAUUCACCCCUCUGGUCAGACCCCCUCAGAGGCUGGGCCAAGCCGCAAGCGGCCGCGGGCAUCAGACGACGGCUCGGGGCCUGAGGCAGACAGUGGCAGCCCCACGCCUCCGCUGAGACGCCACAAAGAGGGGCCGGCAUCAGAGAUUGAUCUGGUGUUAAGACCACACCCAGAGCUGGUCCAAGCCCAGGACUACAGCCAGACCAGAUAUGUGAAGACGACAGCCAAUGCCACAGUGGACCAUCUGUCUAAAUACCUCGCUCUACGCAUUGCCCUGGAGGACAGACAGACCAACGGAGAGACAGAGGACAGAAGAAGAGAGGAAGGGGCAGGACAGGAAAUGGAGGCAGGAGGUGGAGAAGCUGGAGGACCAGCAGGAAGUGGAGAGGGGUGCAGUCUGAGCAGCAUCAGUGAGAAACAGUACACCAUCUACAUCAUGACAAGAGGAGGACAGUUCUCUACGCUGAACGGCUCUCUGACUCUGGAGUUGGUCAAUGAGAAAUACUGGAAGGUGAGGAAGCCUCUGGAGCUUUACUAUGCUCUCACCAAGAGCCAACAACAACAACCACCUCCUCAACCACCACAGAAGUCUCCUUCUGUACAGAGGGUGGGAUGAUUCCGAGCAGAGUGCUGCUCUGCUCCAACCACACGUUCUUCUGAAGGUGGAAUUUCAGUUGCUGCAAUCUCACAGCUUAUUAUCAGCAUAUCUUUGUUUUUUUUAACUUACUGGCAUUAAAAGAGUCUUACUGACCUGAUUUCUGAAGAGGGAUUUAUAAGCUACCUUGAUAAAUUACCCACCUUCAUUUAUCAGUGACAUUUGGAACUCACCGUGGCCGAUGGACCUGGAGAUUACAAGCCGGACUUUUUCCUUUGUUUUCUCCUGAUAUGAAGCUUCUGCAACUCGUUAGCUUCUGUUUUUCCAUCAGUUUGAAUAUUUUAUUACUUAAAAAUACUUAAUAACUUCACACAAUUAAAGAGACAAAUCUGUUCAAUGUCAAGAGAGAAGAUACCUGAAAUUAUUUAUUAUGGGUGCCAAAAUGAGAACUAAGUUUCCGCUGUAAUUCCAAAUUGGAUUGUUUUCCAAAUGCUUACUUGUCUAAUUUUUAGGGCUGCCCCUGACUAAGAAUUUUCCACGUUUACGACCAGUGCACGUCACACUCUGAGCGAGCCACCUGUUAAUGACGCUGUCAGCAAAGCAGUAAUGACUGUGCUAUGUGGCUAAUGGGCAUGUAGCUACUUCAAUGUUUCAUAUGACACAUCAUGUUUGUAGUCGACAAAUGAA